AAAAUCAGUAUACAGUCUGUAAUUACUUCCGUGAGUAAUUUACCUUUACUGAAGAAGAGUUCCUGAUAUUCAAUUUCAGCAUUUAGUCAGUGUAAAAUCCAGUUAUUACCGGAUAAUAUAACAGGUACCUGUGAAGAGCUGCAUAACAGCUAGCAGAAUGGUGUCAAAGACAGCUUUGAAAGCUUUUAUGCUUAUCAUUAGUACAGUUUUAUUUCUUUGUGGAGCAAUAAUUAUGGGUAUCGGGAUCUGGGCAGUGGCAGACAAAAUAUUUAUAUCGGAUAUAGUUGGCAACUCGUUAUACAGAUCUGCAUCUUACAUUAUGGUUGUGGUUGGAGCCUGUAUCAUUAUGACAUCAUUUAUUGGAUGUACAGGAGCAGUACUGAACAAUAAGGGGCUGGUCUUCUUUUUUGUAUUAGUUAAUGGUCAGAUGUUUGUGCUGCUUAUGACAGCCGCUAUACUGGGAGCUGUGUUCAGGGACAAUAUUGAAGGAGAUCUUCAGGAGGACAUGAAGCGCGGUAUACGGAGCCAGUAUGGUACGAGUGUUGAGUACAGUGAGGAGAACCGUGACAUCACGCAAGCCUGGGACAUGCUUCAACAGAGGCUACGAUGCUGUGGUGUUGACAAUGAAGGAUGGGGAAUAUACCAAGAGUCAAACUGGUUUUAUCGCCAAUUUAAUGAGUUUGAGAAGAAGUUUGUCCCCCCAAGCUGCUGUGUGUACCAGGAGAGGCUGGGCCAGUACCUGAACUUGUUCAACUGUCAGUCGUUUGCCUACGGGCCACCACGGUUCAGGACGGGAGCACAGAAUGAUGCACUAUUUUAUCAGGGCUGUUUCUUUGCUGCUCGGGAGUUUGUUGUGGAACAGGCCAACAUUCUCUUGGGCAUUGGCUUCUCCUUCUGUGUGUUCCUGCUUACCGCAAUAGUCGUAGGUGUAAUGUUUAUUCUGAAACUUGGGGAGGAUAGCAGAGGUAGCUACGAAUACUAGACAAGCGUUGCGGACCAACCACUGGCUACCUACCAGAUUGGGUUCUGCUAUAUGACAUAUCAGGAACUGCAGCAAACAUAUCAGGACUAACCACUAUGCAUUCCCUCAUCGCUAAAUGGCAAGGUUCCAUGAUAGAAUCUGCACAAGACCAAGAAAAAGAACCAUUUGUUACAUUUUCAAUUAAAAUGACAGUCUAUGUUUGAUAUGUUCUCUAUGAGUGAAGUGAUUGGGUAAAAAUUCUUGAAAUAAAUGGAUUGAAACACUGUUAAGAAUAGGCUAGAUAAUUCUAUUUCAUUCCAUUGAUGUUUUUUUCAAAAAAGUGCAUUCAAACUUUAUUUGAAAUGAUGUACUAUAAUUCUUCUUGCCACAACAGUUUCCGACUUAAAAAGACUAAUAAUAAUAAGCAUGUCUGUGGGAUUUUCAUGCUCUUAGCAAAAUCAGUAAAAAUCAGUCCAUUACAUUGCCAUUAAGGAUUGCGAACAUAAAUGAUAAAACCUGAUAAAUAUUUAAUUAUUAUCAUAGUUUCUGUGGUGAAACAAACAAUGACAUAAACUACUAAUGAGUUUUCACCACAACUUCAUUCAGAAAGGGAAAUAAAAAAACACCAAAGAAAUAUUUUGAUUGCUCACUACAAAGUCAGUGGAUUUUGCCUUAAAUACCCUAAUACAUCAAGCAAUGAAGCACUUGAUUCCACUCAGGAAAUCCUACAUGAAUAUGCAUAUAACAAAAUUUCAAUAAAAUAUGCCGUAAACAUAUUUUUUUACUAAGACUUGCUCAUAUGUUUACAUGCUCAGUAUCUUUUAAUAAUAGUUUAAAAUGGUCUUUAUGUGAUGCAUUUCUUGGUGCCAUUUUGAAUUUCAUAUUAUUUUAUAUAAUGAUGUUUUAUUACCUUUACAUUAUCAUGUAGUUUGCUGUCGAGUUUUAGGUCAUGUAUUACAAUUGCAAUAUACUCAUUUAUGAAAUAGUUUAGCCAUGUCAAAUACAUUCUGAUAUAUAAAUAGAUGCAUGCAGGAAGCUGAACAUUGUAUUUUUAACACUAGAAAACAGGGGUAUGUUUAACACUAGAAAACAGGGGUUAUCUCCAAAAUCUUUUUUUUUUUACUGAAUGUAUAACUUAUGCUGUUCUUUUUAAUUACCUUUAAAAUAGAACGCCAAACUGCUUCAUGGAAAAAAUAAUUGAAAUUGAAACAAAAUUAAGAAAACACUUUCAUAUCCACUUAGUCUGGAUUACUUCCCCUAUCACUAUAUAUAUAUAUAUAUGUGUACUAUUGUAAUUAGUAUGCAGGGAAACAGACUAAUGUCCACUACUAAUGUCCACUGUGCUUUAAAAACAUUUCCAUUGGAAAUGCUUAUGUUAAUCUGAAUUCAAUAAUUAUAUGCCAGAAUUUAACAUUUUAGAUAAACUCACCUUUCAUAUUAAGAUAAGCUAACAAGGUUACAUUCCAUUAUUCAGUUUUAAGAUUAGCAGCUUACAUUCCAUACUUCCAUUUUAAGAUAAACUUACAUUCCAUACUUCCAUUUUAAGAUAAACUUACAUUCCAUACUUCCAUUUUAAGAUAAACUUACAUUCCAUACUUACAUUUUAAGAUAAACUUACAUUCCAUACUUCCAUUUUAAGAUAAACUUACAUUCCAUAAUUGCGUUUAAGAUAAACUUACAUUCCAUACUUCCAUUGUAAGAUAAACUUACAUUCCAUACUUCCAUUUUAAGAUAAACUUAUAUUCCAUAAUUGCGUUUAAGAUAAACUUACAUUCCAUAAUUGCAUUUAAAAUAAGCUGACAUUCCAUAAUUCAUUUUAAGGUAAGCUUACAUUCUGUGUUGCAUCCGCUAAUUGUUUCAUCUUGUACAUAUUGUCAGGUCCAUCUUGUUCUUUUCAUCCGUCCAUUUUUUUUCAAGCUUCCAGGAGAUACAUUACAAUAUGGAGGGAGUUCAACACCUCUCCAAUUAUCUUGAAGAUUAUAAAAAGUCUUGAUUUUGUUUUUCCUUUUUAAGAAAUGCUUAUUUUCGAUGUCAUAACAUUGUUUUACAUUGAAAAUUCUUAUUAAUUAAAGAAGAAAGAUACUGUCGAGUAAUGGUGAGCUGUUUUGUCUGUUACCAAAUUUUAAAAGCAUAAUUUCAUUUCUUGACCUGCCUAAACAUGCUAUUUUUACUAAAUAUGAAAAGAAACUGAAGAUAAAUAUUUUUGUUUCAUCAUCAUCAUCAUCAUCAUCAUCAUCAUCAUCAUCAUCUCAUCACCACCACCACCACCAACACCAUCAUCAUCAUCAUCAUCAUCAUAGUCAGAAUAAAAGUUAUUUGUCUUGGAAAGAACAAAUGCUCUCGUGCAAUCUUUGUUGUGUGAGAAUGAAUCUGGCAAGUCAUGCAUGUUGUGUAUAGAAUAGCAUCCAUAUGCUUAAUGUAAUGCUAAAGAUAAUAUGAAUACCGGUAUGAUUAUGAUGAACAUUUUUUUUUUACAGCUUGAUGCAUCAAUUUUUUAUAAAAUGGCCAAUUAGGAACUAUUUGAAAACAAGAUCCGAUGAGUGAAGCUUUUCAUUAGUUAUGGUUUAUUGGAUCAUGUUUAUAGUAACCUGUGUAGCUUUUCUUAUGUGUUAUGCUUGUAUUUAUUUGUUAUCCUCUUCAUGUAAUAUUUAGUGAUAAGGUUGUAUUCUUGUUUGUAUGUUUUUACAGUUAUUAACACUUGCUGUUUGAAUGCUGUAACGAUUAGUUUUGGUUUAGGUUUUACGUCUAAUCAAUGUUGAUAGGGCUUUUGUUUAGUCACUUAGGUUGUGUGUCAGUCUAUUAAAGUAGACAAUAACUUGUGUUGAUUUUAUUAUCAGGAUGAAGCUUUUUUCAGUGGGCAUAGCUUAAUGUUCUAUCCAAAAAAACUUACAAAAACAGUGGUACUAGAACCAUAAAGACCACUAUUAAACCAUUUGAGUAUUUCCAAAGUAUAAUUAGCAUUUGGAUACUUCUUGCCUUAAUUUCUCCAAAGUUCUUAAGCGUAACAAGUUUAAAUAGCUUAUUUCAUUUAGCCAAAUUUUUAAUUUAAUCUUGACUUGACUCAAUAGAACUUAACUUACCAUGAUUAUCACCAGUUUCGUUUUAAAGUCCACAAACUCAAGAAUUUAAACAUUACAAAAUUCAUGACAAAACAAAAAUAGUGAGCCCAGCUUAAUCCUGUUAUAAGGGGCGUAUUAUGUUUUGAGAAAUUAAGGCUUAAACAUUGUUCACAAGUCCCAUUGUUUUGGUUUGUGUUCACUUGUGUGUUUUUGUAGCAUACAGCCAUGACUGGUGAUGUUUAAAUGGCACUGUUCGGAAAAUUUCUUAAUAAGAAUCAAAUAUUACCAAGAACUUUCUACAUUAUGAAUUAUUUAAUAUUUUUAACUACAGAAAAGUAAAUGUUUUAUCAAUUCACCUAUCUAAAAAUGUCAUCUUCUUUGUUUGAAUGCUGUUUUAUACUUGAAUAUCUUUUUUAUUUGCAUUAUUGUCAAUUAAUAAACCACCAUAAUGUA